GCCAAAGGUUCACCACCACUGGCCUAGUGGGUCACUGGCCGAGGGGGAGGGGUUGACCUCCUCGAAUGCCAGAUGGGUCAGUCCAGCAAGGCUAAUAUUUCUCUGGCUGCUUCUAAGGGGCGGAUGGGAAUUGGAGCCCAUGAACAUCUGAAGCCCCAGAGUUGGACCCCCCUGUCCUAAGGCAACCUUGGGGAUCCUGGGCUCUGUUUCCAGAAAGUGGCCUCCUCGUCUGGGCAGACUCUGGGCAAGAUCAAGGCAGGCAGGCUGGGUGGGUGGGUGCCCUUUUGUGCUGGAGGCAGCAGCGGCUGUGCUUUGCCCGCUUCUUCCCCUGGCGGCUCUCCGGGGGCUGCCUGGGCUACCAAGUCCCUCUGGUUGCCUGCUGAUCAAGCUCUGGUAGGAAAGGAGGGGCAGCUGCAGCGGCUGCCAUGGGGUGCGGAGUUGUCAGCAGCAGGACCAGGGAGGGGGGCUCCCUUCUCACCCCCCCUUGAAAGCUGGGCUGCCCUUUGGGGUGGGGGGGGACAGAAAACCUGACUUAGAAUGACAUGUCUGCCCCGUGCGUCAUAAGCGUGUUAUAAAUGGUGUGUGUGCUGCUGCGGUAGACAUUCAAAAGACAUUCGUAAAAGGGAAUUGCAAACUCGCCAGCAUUUUAUAAACCAGUGGUUAUGAUUUAGUUUCAUUUAAAAGCACUGACACAAUUGCUGGUUGUGUCAAAGGCAGCUCCACGCGCAAGCGUUUGUGAGAUGGUCCUUGUUUGUUUAGUAGCCAUCUUUCUCUUCCCUUCCAGAACCGGAGGCAGCCUACAUUAUAGAUCCAACAUGGUUAGAAUGAAUAAAAGCACAAUUCAACAACUGUUAUAAGAACCCAGUAAGAAGUCCACCGUUUAAAAACUCCCAUUAGAGCUCCCAAUCAAAAAUUAAGUCAAUCUGGUGCAGGCUGAGCUCAACCGGUGUGUGUUUGGAUCUCUCUGCUCUACAGGGCGUGUCCCGCUGCCCCCCAAGUCGGGGGUCCAGUGCUGUGCAUCCCGUUGUCCUUUGCCGCCUGUCACCGCUGCCCUCGGCCGGUGCAAGAGCAGCCGCCUGAGUGGACCAGACCGCCUGAUCUGGGCUCCAAGUGUUCCUUCAAGAAACGGACGCUGUGCUUGAUGGUGUGCGAUAUGGACCGGUUUGCGGACUCUGGAACGCAGACGGAGGCGGUGGUGGUUUUGUCUCUGGCGCAAGCAGCAGUCCCACACUGGGGCCUGGUGGCUGAGAACGAGUGGUUUGGGGCCACUGCCAGCCCCGGAGGCUUUUUCCCAGGGUUUGCCAGUGAGCUGGAAGACCCGGCAGCGGCGGCUGUGGAGCCGGAGCAGGCAGGCGGGGACUGCCCCCAGGAGUGUGAGGGCCAAGGCCAGGCGGACCUUCCCGAGGAGGAGGGCGUGGAGGCAGAGGCGCCGUUCGGGAAGCACGCCCGGCGGAGGAAGCGGCCGCCCGUCAGACUACUGCCCAAAGUGAAGCAUGAGAACAGCGAGGCGGAACAGGACGAGCGGGGCUCCGGGUCGGCUGCCCCAAAUGGAGACGGAGAAGCGCAGCCUCCCAGCCCCCCCGCCUGCAUGGAGGAGCCCAACCCCGAGCAGGCUGUCCAGAGCAGUGCCACGAAAAUGAUAGACCUCAGCGCGUACAGCCGCAAGCCGCGGUGCCUCCGGAGCCUGCGACGGCCCUCGCACCAAGAGCUCUCCCCUGGGGAGCGCAAGGAGGGCCUUCCCAGCCCGCCCCUGCCCAGCGGCCCCGAGAGCAUGGAGGCCCUGCCUGGCGACUACGGCUUCCAGGCCCCCGUGCCAGCCUUGACCCACGCAGGGGAGCACGCGCUGGACGUGCCCCCGGAGCAGGACCAGGCCAAGCCGGGCUUUGCCUGGCAGGAGCCGCUGGACUUCGAGCCGGAGGCCCACGGGGAGCACAGCAAGAAGGCCCAGCUGGACCGGCUGGACAUCAACGUGCAGAUCGACGACUCGUACCUGGUGGAGAAGCGCUGGCAGUGCCGCCUGUGCGAGAAGUCGUACACCUCCAAGUACAACCUGGUGACGCACAUCCUGGGCCACAACGGGGUCAAGCCCCACUCCUGCCCCCACUGCAGCAAGCUGUUCAAGCAGCCCAGCCACCUGCAGACGCACCUGCUCACCCACCAGGGCACCCGGCCCCACAAGUGCCAGGUUUGCCACAAGGCCUUCACCCAGACCAGCCACCUGAAGCGCCACAUGCUCCUGCACUCGGACGUCAAGCCCUACAGCUGCCGCUUCUGUGGCCGCGGCUUCGCCUACCCCAGCGAGCUGAAGGCCCACGAGGGCAAGCACGAGAGCGGGCGCUGCCACGUCUGCGUGGAGUGCGGCCUGGACUUCUCCACCCUCCCGCAGCUCAAGCGCCACCUGGCCACCCACCAGGGGCCCACCCUCUACCCCUGCCCCGAGUGCAGCAAGGCCUUCCACUACCGCAGCCAGCUGCAGAACCACAUGCUCAAGCACCAGAACGUGCGGCCCUUCGUCUGCACCGAGUGCGGCAUGGAGUUCAGCCAGAUCCACCACCUGAAGCAGCACUCCCUGACCCACAAGGGCGUGAAGGAGUUCAAGUGCGACGUGUGUGGCCGAGAGUUCACGCUGCAGGCCAACAUGAAGCGGCACCUGCUGAUCCACACCAGCGUGCGCCCGUACCAGUGCCACAUCUGCUUCAAGACCUUCGUGCAGAAGCAGACGCUCAAGACCCACAUGAUUGUGCACUCGCCGGUCAAGCCCUUCAAGUGCAAGGUGUGUGGGAAAUCCUUCAACCGCAUGUACAACCUCCUGGGCCACAUGCACCUGCAUGCGGGCAGCAAGCCCUUCAAGUGCCCUUACUGCUCCAGCAAGUUCAACCUGAAGGGGAACCUCAGUCGCCACAUGAAGGUCAAGCACGGGGUGAUGGACGUCAGUCUGGACAGCCAAGACCCCAUGCUGGAGCUGACCACCGGUGACCACGCAGACCUGGAUGGGCCGCAGGAGAUGGAGGACUACGAGGACGAAGAGAACCCCUAUGAGUACGGCGUGGGAGGGAACCCCACCAACGAGUCAGCCUAUUACAGCAUGCUGUAGUGUGCUGGGGGGAGAGAGGUUAUGUGGAAGAGGGCCACCCUGCCCUCCGGUGGAGCCUCUGCUGAGCAGGGAGAGCUCCCGAGUGGCGGAGGGGGCACUGUCCCCCCCUCCCCGCUCCUGCUCUUCUGUUCUGCAAUGGACGUGGCCCCGGCUCAGGGCUGGGCAGGGGCUGGGAGGCAGCACUUCUCCAACCCACGAAGGGCCUCCGUCCCACUACCUCCCACAGCCUCUGGCAACAGUGCUACGUGUGGCUGGUCUAGGGAAGGCUGCGAGGCAGGCCAGAGCCGGCCAAAUGGGCUCCAGAGCUGCCAGGCCAGACCUGCCGCACUCCCUGACAAACUACCUCUGCCCCACACCAAAAAAAAUAUAUGUUUCAGGGCAGGGGGCUUGCCCCAAAGGCCAGUGGUGCAAGCCAGUACCCCACCACCUCACUUUGCUGACGCAGAGCGGACGGUCCCUCGUGUGCAUAGAUCUACUGUGUUUAUUUUCCUGUUCUGAAGAAAUUCAGCAAUAAAUGAGUAUUCUUUG